UUUCCGCUGUUUCACGUUGUGAACUCUAACCGUCAAAUUGUAUUUAAGUGUAUCGGCGGCGUGGUGAUUUUGUGGAUCUACCGUAUAGUCAGUUCCACCACAGCGACCGGACUGUGCACGGGCAGACCUCACGAUUUCGAACGAUUUUCUGUUUUUUUUAUUUUUUUAUCGAAUAUUGUACAUUUGUUUGUUGCCUGGAUAGAUUUUUGUCGCUAUUUUUUUUUGCCGAGCAAACACUGUACGGUAUAUUAUUCAGUAUAAAAUAUUAUUGUUAUAAAAUAAUUAUAAUAUACAUAUAUCACACACAUUCACGUUGCAAUAACAAAAGUUUUCGCACCAAACCUGCAGAGUCCCGAACAUUAUCAUAGAACAAGAAUUGUACAGGAUGCCUGCCGAUAUUGCAGUCAUGGAUAAGUUCGACUCGAACAACAAGAGCACAACUCAUGACCUUUCGGAAAUUCAAUCUUUUUACAAUGGUACGACGGUUUUUUUGACUGGCGCCACUGGAUUUGUGGGGAAUUUAAUCCUGGAAAAACUAAUCAGAACAUGUUCUGGAGUUAAAAAUAUUUAUGUCUUGAUCAGAGAGAAAAAAGGGAAAACUACAGAAGAAAGGUUUAAAGAGCUGUUCAAUGAUCCAGUAUUUGAAUUGAUGAAAAAAGAACAACCCAACUAUUUAGAAAAGGUCACAGCAGUAAUCGGUGAUUGUUGUUUACCAAAUUUAGGGAUACAAGAGCAAUACAUAGACAUUAUAAAAGAUGAAGUUAACAUUGUUAUACACUCUGCUGCUACCGUAAGAUUUGACGAACAUUUAAGAAAAGCGGUUAACAUCAAUAUAGUCGCCUUGCAGGAUAUGCUGAAAAUAAGCCAAGGAAUGAGAGACUUAAAGGCUUUCGUUCAUAUUUCAACCGCUUAUUCGAAUUGUGCUGGGAGAAAAGUCGUAGAUGAAGUGUUUUACAAACCACCAAUAUCUGGAGAUAAUUUGUUUCAGCUCAUGAACAGUCUUGACGAUGACUACAUCACCAGAAUUACUCCUUCAAUGCUGAAGGAUUGGCCAAACACAUAUGCUAUGACAAAAGCAAUUGCCGAAGGCGAAAUCACAACACACGGCAAAGGGUUACCCAUUGGAGUGGUAAGGCCGUCGAUGAUAGUGGCCACCGACAGCGAACCGGUCCCCGGGUGGAUCAACAACAUCUACGGACCGACAGGGGUCUGCGCGGCCACCGGCAUUGGACUCAUGAGGUGCAUGUUGGCCGAUUCCGACCUAAUGGCUGACAUCGUGCCCGGAGACUUCGUCAGCAACGCCGUUGUGGCAUCUGCCUGGGACAUCCACAACCAAUGGAAAGAGCAUAAAAACUCCAAUUGUGAAGUUGAAGCAGAUGGUUUGAAUAAGGAACAAUUCGUGCCACCAAUUUACAAUGUCGUUUCUUCGAGGUCUAACCCAUUAACAUGGGGAGAAUUUUCAGUGUUCAACAAAAAAUAUGGAUGUCAUAUUCCAUCUGUAAAAGCGAUCUGGCCAUUUAUGUUGAGGCUUACUAAAAAUCAUUACGAAUUUACAAUUUUAUGUUUUCUCCUCCACACCUUACCCGCGUACAUUAUCGAUUCCUUAGCGAAACUUACGGGAAGAAAGCCACAAUUAAUAGACGGAUACAAGAAAAUUCACAAAUUCAUCGAAGUCAUAGCGUACUUCGCCCUACAGUCGUGGACGUUCCACGACAACAACACGAAGUCACUGAUAAAAAAACUGUCCAAACUGGACCAGUCCCUAUUUAAGUUCGACAUGAAUAAAUUAGACUGGAACGAGUAUUUCAAAAAACACGUGGUGGGCAUUCGACUGUACAUCGUAAAAGAUCCAAUGGAAACGGUGCCGGUAGCGUUAAAACGAAAUAAAAAACUGUUCAUGAUUCACUACACAUUAAUGUCUUUUUUGGUGGCAUUAUUGAUGACAGUAGUCUACGGACUGUUCCUACUCUUCUUGUAGGCAAUUCUAAUCUCUGCUGUGUCCUAAAUGGUAAUUAUAACUGCAUUUAACAAACAAAAUAUAUUUGUAAUAUGAACCUAUUGUAAUACAUGUCUCACUUACUUACGAUGUAGGUAUUUCACUUUUACUCAAAGUUGUGUAAUUUUAUGAAAAUUUUUUUACUUGAAUUCAUCAACUUCAUUUUUCAAUACCUAUACUACAAUGUGUAUUAUAUAUUUAUAUAUAUGUAUUAUCAUUAAUUGUACAAUUUUUCUCUUUUAUGCACGCACUUAGGUAUGCUAUAUAUUAUAAUAAUAUAUACCUACCUAAGCAUAAUGUGUCAGUAUUUUUUGUAAGUGGAAUAAAUAAUUAUUAUUACAAAUAUUGAAUUAUUGCAUGGUUAUACCUAAUAUAUACCUAUUUUUUCAAAACGUUGGUGUUCAUAUUACGUCAUUGAUUUUAAGAUAAUUGUAUGUAUUAAAAUUACUUUUAGUUAUUACUUAUUAGGUACAUUAAAUUAUUAUAAAAAAUAUAUUUGGUGAAAUAAA